ACAGAAAGCUUCUUGCAUCUGACUGAUAUUAAGUUUUAGUGUCAUUGAACAUUCUGAAGCAUUCAUUUCAUUGCUUACGACCAAAGAAAGGAGGUACAGAUGGAACUACAACACGGAAAAUCGACAUUUAUGAAGAAACUACACCCAAAAUAUGCUACUGGAAUUCCAUCCAACUCAGGAGUAUACUCCAUGGACAGACCUGCAAAAGGACUGUUACUUGAUCCGGCUAGCCAAUACAGUGUUACACCUUCUCCUUCCCAUGAAUAUUUCAAAAUCAGAAAGAGCAGAGCAAAUUCAGUAAUCCUUAGGAUGAAUAAAUUUGGAGAAUGGAUGGACAAUUUUGCUCAAGGAAUCCGAGAGCAUGUGAAAUUAGGACCCAAAUUAACAGAAACUUUGAAAGGGAAGUUGAGGCUGGGGGCGAGAAUCCUUCAAGUAGGCGGCCUGGAAAAAGUUUUCAAGCAGAACUUCAGUGUUAGCAAUGGCGAAAAGCUGUUAAAGGCUUCUCAAUGCUAUUUAUCGACCACAGCUGGGCCGAUAGCAGGCCUCCUAUUUAUUUCCACUGAUAAAGUUGCCUUCUGCAGUGAGAGAUCAAUUAAACUCUCUUCUCCAACUGGAAAACAGCUUAAAAUACAUUACAAGGUCACAAUCCCACUAGGUAAAAUAAAGAGAGCCAAUGAAAGCGAAAAUGCGAAAAAACCAAGGCAAAAGUAUGUGCAGAUAGUUACCGAGGAUAGGUUCGAGUUCUGGUUCAUGGGAUUUUUAAAUCAUCAAAAGGCUUUCAAGAAUCUGCAGCAGGCAACCUCUCAAACUCCAUCGACAGCAGCUAUUGAUGCAUUGAUGAUCUCCCUAUAGAAACUAGACACUCACAACACAUAUUCUGUAAUAACUAUGAACUGUGCAAGGAUAAAUUAGAACUAUUGUAGAAUAGAUUGUAAAUACUUUGCAAAUUAGAACUAUUGUAGGAUUAUAGUAAA